AUGGGGCAGUGGGUCCGGGCGGAUCUCCGCCCGGCGACCGGCACCCGCGGCGAUGCCUACGCCUCCCCGUCGCCCGUGCCCGUCUACGUGUGCCACGACGAGGACGAGGCCUUGGGCUGCUUCCGGGCAGCCCCGGAGCUCGCCUGCGCCGUCUGCGCCGUGCCGCAGCCCGCGCAGACGCGGCGCCUGCUCAAGCGGCGGCGCGGCCGCCGCGCGCACGUGCUCGUCCUCUUCCGGCAGCCCGACGGGUCCGUGGGCUUCGACGCGCUGCGGUCCGUCGCCGUCGCGGUCGUCGGCGACGGCGCCGGCGUCGCGUGCGAGGCGUCGGCGCGGGACGCCGGGGCGCUCGCCGCCGCCGUCGAGGCGCUGGAGCACCGGCGGGAGGAGACGCAGACGCUGCGGCUCGCCGCCAAGAACGAGCGGCGCGCGUCCGCGUUCCGGCGGCUCGGCGAGCGGCUCGGACUCAUCCGCGCGGGCCCGGGCGCGGCCGUCGCGCCGGCCGUCGCGCCGCCCCCCGCCGUCGACGACGCCGCCGUCGCGUCGCUCCGCGCGUUGAUGGCCGGCGGCGAGACCGCGUCGGCCGCGCGCGCGCUCCGCAAGGCGCCGCCGGCCGCGGCCGCGGCCGCGCUCGCGACGGCGCUGGCGACGGGCGGCCCGGAGGUCGCGUGGGCCGCGGCCGCCGUCGCGGACCGCGCCGCCUGCGACGACGUACCGUUGAUCCGCGCCUGGGCCGCGCGCUGCGCCGUCCGGCAGCCCCGGGAGCCGCCGUCGCGCGCGUCCCUCGACGAGGCCGACGUCGCCGAGUACGACGACGUCGCCGAGCUGGGCGCGCAGCGGCGGUCGAGCUCCGGCGCCGCCGAGGACGCGCCGGCGCGGAGCCUGGCGCUGCCGAACCUGCGGCUCGGGCGGUUGAGCCCCCAGGGCGAAGGUCUACGAACCUUCCAGAGCUCCGCGCGCGCGGGCGUCGGCUCCGCGCGGGACCACAGCGCGCGCCGCGUCGGCGACAGCGCGCGGCGGGCGACGCACCGGUCCGCGCGGUCCGCGCGGCUGAGCACGGCCGACGGGUCGACGCACCGCGGCCGCGCGGAGCGCCUGCCGCCCGUCGAGGCCUUCGCGGCCGCGCCGUGCGACGCGGCCAAGCUCGCGGCCUUCGCGGGCAAGGCGCUCGACGACGCGCCCCCGGCCCUCGACGACGACACGCUGUCGAAGCUCGAUGCCUGGGCCAUCGCCGAGGCCGCGGCGCUCCUGGACCGGGGCGACGGCGCGCUGCCCACGGGGAGCGCGCUCGCGCCCGCGUCCGGCGCCGCGGCGGACGCGGUCGCCGCGGCCUGCCGCCUCCUCGCGGCGUCGCUGUCGAAAGCCACGGCCGACGCCGCGCUGGCAUUCGCCUACGAGGCCUUUGGCGCGCUGGUCCUCGGGGGCGCGGCGCCGGCCGCGGCGGCCGCGCUCGCGGCCGACGCCGCGCGCGCGCUCGGGACGUCCGCGGCGAGCGAGGCCCGGCGCCGCUGCCGCCUCCUCGACGACGGCGAGCGCGCGCGGCCCGGCGACGUCGAGUUCGCGAAGCGCUGCGCCGGGGAGCGCGCGCUCGCGCUCCGCUUCGCGCGGGGCCGCCGCGACGCGGGCGACGUCGGCGUCGCCGCGCUCCGGGCCGCGGCCCGGAGCGCGGCGCGGUCCCCGCACUGCGCGCCGGCGACGCGGGAGGCUUUGGUGCUCGUGCGGCCCGACGCGCUCCACGCCGCGGCCGCGGGCGGGGCCGCCGCGGCGGACUUCGUGUCGAAGCUCCUCGGCGGCGACGCGGAGCGCGACGACUUCUUCGGCGAGGAGGCGUCGUGCCUCACGGCCCUGCGGCGCCACGUCGAGUACUGCCUCGACGAGGCCCAGCCGGACCACGUCGUGCUCCACGGCCUCGACGCGGUCCACGUGCUCCUCGACGCGGCGCGGAAGACCGACGGCCACGCCGCCGCGCUCUCGGCCGUGGCGUCGCUCGCGCUGCGCGGCGGCUGGGGUUUAGGCGGCCCGUUGGCCGUCGUCGCGAGCCGCCUCGACGACCCCCGGCGCGGGAGCGACGCCGUCGUCGCCGCCGCGCUGCGCCCGUCGACGCUCGCGCUCCUCGCCGCGGCCGACGGCGACGUCGCCGACUGCGCGCCGGCCUUCGUGCCGCUGCACGUCGAGGCGCUGCGGGACGCCGACGGGGCGGGCCAUUUGUUGGGCGGCGCGCGGGAGGCGUCGAUCGCCCAGCUGCGGAGCCUGUUGCUGCUCGCGGCGCGCGCGCAGCCGGGCGACUGCGUCGACGCGUUCCGAUUCUGCGACGCGGUGCCCUGGCUUUUGGAGCUCCUGGGGCCGCCGGACUGCUCGCGGUCGCUGGCGGCGUCGAGCCGCGAGCCGUCGACGCCCGUCGCACUCGAGCCGCUCGCCGCGUCCUUCGAGGCCGGCGACGGCGUUUUGGUGCGCGCGGAGGCGAGGAACGGCAGGGAGCGCUGGUUCAAGGCGACGGUGGACAGGCGCGACGGCGACGCCUACGACAUUUUAUGGAAGUCGGGCGGCGGUGAACUAGGCGUGCCCGCCGAGCGCGUCCGCGCGCCCCGCGGCGACCGGCGGCGGCCGCCGUCCGGCGCGCCGCCGCGGCCGCGGCCGACGACGCCGGCGUUCGCGCGCGUCCUCGACGGCGGCCUCUGCUCGCCGCGGGCGCCGCCGGGGGCCCAGCGCGUGCCGGCCCUGCGGCUCUCGCCCGCGGGGCCGGCGCCACCGGACGGCGUCGACGACCUGUGGUGCCUGGACGUGCCCGUCGGCGCGGAGUCGUCGCGGCCCGCGACGGACCGGAGCGGCGCGGGCCUCAGCCUCGACGUCGCGUCCGCGCGGCGCAUGACGCGGUCCCUGUCCAUCGGCGGCGGCGACGAGCCGACGCCGUCCCUGAGCUGCAUCACCGGCGGCGCGCCGUCGCCGUCGCCGCGGACGCCCGGGGACCCGCUCCUCGAGUUCGACGUGCCGCCGCUGCUCCCGGGCGACGCGACGCCGCGCGCCGCGUCGCGGCGACGGCGGGCGCCGCCGGCGCUCGACGACGACGAGCUCCACGAGCUCGUCGUGACGCUGCUCCUGGUGCUGGCCGUCGGCCGGUCGUCGGAAGGGGGGGAGCUCGAGCCCGCGUUCUGCACCGCGCACCCGUUGAGCGACACGGGCACGGGCAUCCGGAGCCACCCGGACCGCCGCCUGUCGGCGUCGGCCCUCCGGAGCCUCAACGAGUCGCCGAUGACGCCCACGGGGCUGCGGCCGGAGCACCGGCGGUCGCACGGCGCGCUGACGGGGCGCUCGCAGUCGCUCACGGCGCGGUCUCUGUCCGCGCGGUCCGCGCUCGUGUCCGCGCGGGGCUCGCCCGACGGCGCGUCGGCGGAGGGCAACGCCCAGCUCCUCGAGGUCGGCACGGAGGGGUCCGCGCUCGGCUUCCACCUCCUGGACGCGCUCCACCGCCACUGCAACGGCGACGACCGCGCCGCGGCCGUGGACCGGUGCCUCGCGGGCGUCGCGCGGCGCUUGGAGGCCUGGGGGGCCGCGGCGCCGGGCUCCGGGCGGCCCGCGGGGUGCCUGCGGCUCCUGCGGCUGCUCCGGGAGGCGCGGGGCGACGCCGGCGCCGCGCUGCGGGUCGCGCUCGGCCGCGAGACCGCGGACGCGGUCCUCGGCCGCGGCCGCUUCGGCGUCGUCGUGGCCCUCGACGGCGCGACCUGCGCGAAGCUCCUGCGGCGCGAGCGGUCCCACCGGGACCGGUCCGUGGCCCACGGCGUCUUCGCGGAGGUGUCGGCGCUCGCGCGGCUCGGCGAAACCGCCGCGGCGCCGCGGCUGCUGGAUUUCGGCGUCGUCGACGACUGCUACGUGCUCGUGCUCGAGCGGUGCGCGCACGGGACGCUCUUCGACUGGCGCGAGGCCCGGAAGCGGUCCGGUCCGCCGACGGACGGCGACUGUGUGGCGUACGCGCGCGUCUUCGCCAAGGUCGCGCGCCGCGUCGCCGCGUGCGCGGAGCGCCGCGUCGUCCACCUCGACCUCAAGCUCGAGAACGUGCUGCUGCGGGGCGACCCCCUCGACGGGCCCGACGACGCGCUCUGCGUCUGCGACUUCGGCGAGGCGCGGCUGCUGGGCGCGGCAGGCGACGCGCGGAUCACGCGCGCGCACGGCACGGAGGCCGUGGCGGCGCCCGAGGUCCUGCUCGGCGUCCAGCAGUCCGGAACGGGCCAGGCCGCGCCCGUCGGGCCCCCGGCGGACGUCUGGGCGCUGGGCUGCCUGCUCUACGAGCUCGUCGCGGGCCGGAAGCUCUUCGAGGACGCCGUCGCGUCGGACUGGCCCCUCUUCUUCGUCACGCUCUCGAACGAGGCCGCGCCGCUCCCGCAUGAGGCCGCGCUGGAGCCGCUCACCCACCUCGCGUGCAAACCGGCGCUCCUGGACCUGCUCCAGACGGCCCUGCGCCGGGACCCGGCCGCGCGCGACACCGCGGGCCAGCUCGCGGCCAACGCGGACCUCUUCGCCGACGGCCGGCCCCUCGUCCUCCGGCCGGCGCCGCCGGGGCCGCCCCGGCGCCUCUCGUCCGUCUAG